CAGCCACUUUUUUUUUGCUCGCUUGCUUGCUUGAGGAAGGUUUCAGAAGAGGACGAGGAAGAGGAGGACGAAAUCCCUUGAAAAAAAUUGGUGGGAAUCUGGCUGCCAACCAGCUGCGUGCAUCACAAAUUAACAGAUUUCAGCGUUGGAUUAAUAUUUCUAACUUACGGACCUGCUACAAAGAUAAGAAGCCCUUUUCAUGGACCUUCUGAUCAGAUGAGGAGCAGCUAAAGAAAAUUCAGCGGUUGAUCAAAUCAAAUGAUCUGGAUUAUAGAGGACCCAUAGGGAUGGAACGAAACAGAACCAUGGCUUGGGAAACGUUUCGGAUUGUUGUUGCUGAGAAUCAACACUGAUCUGGCACCCACACCAAGGUCCAUCCUCCUUGUCCAGCACCCUUAGGACCCUCUGUUCCCCUAACAACUGCUUUGCCCUUCGUCCCACCUCCACUUAGUGCUCCUGGUCCCAUCAGACCUUGUUCUUUUUUUGUUUUAGUACCUUUUUUAAGACUAUUGGAUGAAAUCCCAGCAUUUUUGAAAACACAACAAAACGUUUGGCUGUACAGUAUGAAUCCAGUCAUGCACCCUCUUCCACUCGCGCUGAGUAAACACAGUAGGCGAGGCGUGACACCCAGGACACGCCCACUUUGUCUGGUGACAGACUGGUGCCUAAUGGGUCUUCUAGGCCUCAUCCUGCUCUUCAGCCUGGCCUCGAGCCAGAAGAUGGACCCUUCCAAACACCCCAUAGUCACCACCAACUACGGCAAGCUCAGAGGCAUCAAGAAGGACUUGAACAACGAGAUCCUCGGCCCCGUAGAGCAGUACCUUGGCGUCCCUUACGCCACAGCCCCCAUAGGGGACCGGCGCUUUCAGCCGCCUGAAGCUCCAGGAUCUUGGCAGGAGAUCCGGAACGCCACCCAGUUUGCCCCCGUGUGUCCGCAGAACGUCCACGGCGUGCUCCCAGAGAUUAUGCUACCCGUGUGGUUCACGGACAACUUGGACGUGGCGGCGGGUUACAUCCAGAACCAGAGUGAAGACUGCCUCUACCUCAACGUCUAUGUGCCCACAGAGGACGGUCCGCUCACAAAAAAAACUGAUGAAUCUUCAAUGAACAAGCCUCGAGACGAAGAUAUUCGUGACCGCAGGAAGAAGCCGGUUAUGCUGUUUAUUCAUGGAGGCUCCUACAUGGAGGGCACCGGGAACAUGUUCGACGCCAGCGUCCUGGCCGCCUACGGCAACGUGAUCGUUGUUACCAUGAACUACAGGCUUGGCGUGCUUGGCUUCCUUAGUACCGGAGAUCAGUCAGCUAAGGGGAACUACGGCCUCUUAGACCAGAUUCAGGCUCUGCGUUGGCUCAACGAGAACAUCGGCCACUUCGGCGGCGACCCAGAGAGGAUCACCAUCUUCGGCUCAGGAGCUGGAGCGUCGUGCGUUAACCUCCUCAUCCUCUCACACCACUCAGAGGGUCUGUUCCACAGAGCUAUAGCCCAGAGUGGAACUGCCAUCUCCAGCUGGUCCGUCAACUACCAGCCUCUCAAAUACACAAAGAUCCUCGCCCGAAAGGUCGGCUGCACCUACACGGAGACGGCUGACCUGGUUGACUGCCUCAGGCGCAAAAACUUCAGAGAGCUGGUGGACCAGGACAUCCAGCCAGCCCGCUACCACAUCGCGUUUGGACCUGUGGUGGACGGAGACGUGGUGCCGGACGAUCCUGAGAUCCUCAUGCAACAGGGGGAGUUCUUAAACUAUGACAUCCUAAUAGGAGUGAACCAAGGAGAGGGGCUGAAGUUUGUGGAUUACAGCGAGGACGAUGAGGGCAUCUCUGCAGCAGCAUUCGACUACACCAUCUCUAACUUUGUGGACAACCUAUAUGGCUACCCUGAGGGCAGAGACAUCCUAAGAGAGACCAUCAAAUUCAUGUACACAGACUGGGCAGACAGGGACAACGGGGACAUGCGGAGGAAGACCCUGCUAGCUCUGUUUACUGACCACCAGUGGGUGGCGCCAGCAGUGGCCACCGCAAAACUCCACGCAGAGUUUCAGUCCCCGGUUUACUUCUACACCUUCUACCACCACUGCCAGACGGAGACACGACCAGAAUGGGCCGACGCCGCCCACGGAGAUGAGAUACCGUAUGUGUUCGGCGUGCCUAUGAUCGGCGCCACUGAUCUGUUCCCGUGCAACUUCUCAAAGAAUGACGUGAUGCUGAGCGCCGUGAUCAUGACUUACUGGACCAACUUUGCCAAGACUGGGGAUCCAAACCUACCAGUCCCCCAAGACACCAAGUUCAUUCACACAAAGCCCAACCGCUUCGAAGAGGUCAUCUGGACCAAGUUCAACUCAAAGGACAAGCAGUACCUCCACAUUGGCUUAAAACCUCGUGUUAGAGACAACUACAGGGCCAACAAGGUGGCCUUCUGGCUAGAACUAGUUCCCCACCUCCACAAUCUCCCUGACCUCUUUCCCACCACUACCCGAUCACCAUCAGGCCCGGGCCCUGGAACCCAUAGACCCUGGCUCAGAACACCCGGCCCUCGCACCACCCGCCAUCCUUACCCUACCUUCCCCUCUGAUCCGGAGCCUGAGGGUUCAGAGCGUCCACCACAGGACCUCUUCCCCGGAGACACCCGGGACUACUCCACUGAGCUGAGCGUCACAGUCGCCGUGGGGGCGUCGCUCCUCUUCCUCAACAUCCUGGCCUUUGCCGCUCUCUACUACAAGCGUGACAAGCGGCACGAGAUGCGGCGCCACCGGCUGUCUCCCACACGGGGCGGACCCGCCAAUGACCUGGCGCACAGCCAGGAGGAGGAGAUCAUGUCAUUGCAGAUGAAGCACUCGGAGCACGACGCCCACCAUGACAUGGAGCCGCUCAGGCCUCACGACAUCCUCCGGCCCGCCUGCCCGCCUGACUACACCCUGGCACUGCGCCGCGCCCCGGACGACGUCCCGCUGAUGACCCCUAACACCAUCACCAUGAUCCCCAGCACCAUCACCAGCAUGCAGCCCCUCCACGCCUUCAACACAUUCCCCUCCACCGGCCACAACAACACCCUGCCCCACCCCCACUCCACCACCAGGGUAUAGUAGGGACUGGCCCGUCACAGCGCCACCUAAGGACCAGGAGGACUGGCUCUUUAUCUGGAAGGGAGGCCUCUGGAUGUGGGCCUUUAUUCUGCUCUCGUAUUCUUUUGUUUCUCCAAAAAGAACUCCACUUCCUUCGUCAUGUGCUGUCAAACUUAGCAGCUCCACUGGUGGCAUGUGGAGACGUGAACUGAACUGCAUGACAGCAGAUGAUCAGUCUGGGGCUGAUUUAGAUCUUUUAAAGAUACUCUUUUCAAAAGUCUGCUGUUUCCAGACUUAAGCCCCCAUGACAUUUGUCAAAGGGACGAAUGCUUUUCGCCACUUGCUGUUUUCCCUUUUUUACUAUGGCGUCUUCUCUUUUUUCUCUCCCUUGUGUGUUACGUGCAUAUAUCGUUCCCUUUUCUACAUCUGUGUCUUAUCUCGGCUUUGUUGCUCUCAUUCGACAUGUGAUUCUCUCCCUUUGCUCUGAGGAUUAAUAAACGACUGAGCUGUAGAAAGGGGCAUGGGGUACAUGCAGUUAUCAUAUAGCUAUGAGAACAUCGAUAUCUGACACUUUCAUUCUACCAGCAUUCUUGGUGCCAAGUACGUACUGCUGUGUUUGCUUUCUCAUCAAGGGAGAAAAAUCUAGAGAUAAUUCUAGAGUAUUCCUAUUUACUCUCAAUUAACAGAUGCUGUGUGUUCUCAUGACAAAGUGCCAAACUGGCCCUUGAUUGUGUUUUCAUUUUUUCAUUUUCUGUUUGUUUUUUCAGGCAUUUGUUUAAUCGUUGUUUUUUUGUGGAAAGAUUUUCUUUGCUGAAAAUAUAGAUAUAGAGAAAUGAUAUUAUAUAUAGUUCUAUAUAAAUGUGUACAAAGGAGAAAGUAUAUAAAUGGGUUUUCUCAGUGGGGGAUCUAUGCAUGAAUUAUUUUUUAAGGUGAUGAUGGGGGAAAGGACACUGUAUCUGUCAAUGCACGUUUCCCAAAUCUAAUCAAAUCAUAUCGGUCCAGUCUGGAUGUUUUCUUUAUUUCUUUUACGUCACACUGGAGAGUGACGUCACGUAACGUCACACCUGAAGUCAUUGCCACAAAUCUAAAAAGAUGUCGGGGUUAAAUUAACAUUCUCCUUCAUGCUUUCAUUCUGGAGUACCAUUUUUAUGCAUCCGAUUGUUUUUAGGGUACCAAAUCUGUCGUUGCAGCCUGCCUGCUCAAAAUUAUUUUUAUAUUUCAGCGAGCAAAGCGGAGACAGGCAGCCUCUGCUCUUUCACGCGCACCUUCCUCCGCCUGUCUGCAGCCCUAUUUCCAGCACAUGCAUAUUCUGUUUGAUGUGUGCCUGUGAGAGAAUGUGUGUGUGUGUGUGUGUGUGUGUGGAAGUGCUUCACAUUGGCGUCUCUAAUUAGAGAGCGCCGAGAUAGAGAGGCAGACAGGCGGGAUCACAAUCAUGCCGAAAACUAAAGACUCCAAAAAGAGCUUUGUAUCCAGACAUUCUCUUCUCUUCUCUCCAUCUGUACACUUACUUAUGUUAACAGCUGACACUCACAGUGUGGUUAACUCCCCCCGCUACCCCACAAAAAACAUCAGACAUCACAGUGUCAGCACUGCUCUACACAAUUUCUGACCUCAGUUUGGCUCUGCUUUUAUCCUCGCAUUCAAA